CCAAGAUUGAUCAGGAGGAAAAAGCCACAAGGAACCGGUGGUACAAUCCAACCCACCGACUCCAAUGAAGGCGAAAAACAAAUUUGGGUUGUGUGUUGUCCUUGUCUGAAUCAUAGACUACUCUAGCUAGCUAGCUCUACUUGAUUGAUUGGUAGUCUAGCUAGUGAGUGGUGUGUGUGUUACGAUGCCAGUCCGCCGAACACUAUCGUUAACAGGUCCAUUGCGGAAACUAUGGAAUGGCAGUUCCUCCUUUCGUGGUGACAAUCAAGAUGGCGGUUCUGCGACCGCUGGCGGCCACAACGCCAAAGGCAAACCACGAACGUGUCGACUGAAAGAGGGCGAAGGAUCCGUGGUCUUUCUACGACGUGAUGAACUGCAGUUGGGUCCAAUAUUGGGAGAAGGAGGAUUUGCGCAAGUCUUUGGCUUGUUUCAAUGUCCUUCUCUACUGCGUGAUAGCAGUACUACUAGUGCUAGUAGUAGUUCUACUGGCAGUAAUGACCAAGAAUACUCGGUCAAGGUGAUUCGCAAAGGUUUGCUAGAAGACAAGAAACUGUUUCAAAAGGCAGCCGAUGAUUUGGUGAAUGAAGCGGAGAUUCUGAUUCGACUGGAACAUCCCAACAUUAUCCAACUGCGCGCAUUGUCGAAAGAUACGGAUCAACCCAUGAAUCAUGCCAAGCAUUACACCAAAUUCUUUCUGCUCCUAGACAGAUUGUCGCAAACACUCAAUGACAGAAUUCAAACUUGGAGAGACGACAAUCCAAAUCAUACAAACACAAAUGAAAACAACUCUAGUGUAUGUUCGUCUCAUUUGUUGGACACCAAACUACGCUAUGCCCAUCAAUUAGCGAAAGCACUCGAGUAUUUGCACUCCAAGAGAAUACUAUUUCGGGAUUUGAAACCAGAAAACAUUGGGUUCAAAGGAGGACCGGACGAUCAUCACUUGAUUCUAUUCGAUUUUGGAAUGGCAAGAGAAUUGACACUAGCUACUGCUGUCAAUGCUCCACAACAACAAUCAUCAUCGUCAUCAUUACAACCACCACCAUUAGUACCUGGAAAACCACCCAAACCCAACUACAAUACGCAAUCUUCCAACACUAAUAGUGACACUGCCAUUGCCAAUACUGCCAAUUGCAUUGAUGAAGACGAUCUCUACUGGCACUUGACGGUUUGUGGAACGCAACGAUACAUGUCCCACGAAGUGCUGUUGGAUGGAAAAUAUCAGUUGAAGAGUGAUUGUUAUGCCUGGGGCAUGGUGGUUUGGGAAAUUGUCGCUCAUGUCAAACCCUUUCAUUACAUGUCACCCACCGUACACAAAAUAUUGGUGUGUGGACAAGGAGAUCGGCCGCCUUUGUCGUGCUAUGGAUUGUCACUCGAGUUGCAGGAAUUAUUGAAAGCGAGUUGGGCUCAUAAAGUGAGUGAUCGACUCGACAUGGCUACCAUUUGUCAACGACUCGAAGCGCAUUUAGGAGAUGCCCUUUUGAUUCCAACUGAUACUACUGCAAACGCUACCACAGCAAAAACACCCGUCAAACCACAACCCUCACCCGCCCAUCAUCGGCGCACCGGAAGUCACAGUCCCACCCAUCUGCCCAAUCCUAAUGCGCUCAUGGCAGCAGCAACACACCAUGACAACAACCACCAUAACUUUCACAAUAAUGUGAGUGGUGGUCCCACACUCCAACGAUUUCCCACUGCUGACACGGCUAGUAUUCCCAUUCGAUCCAUGAUGCAGAGACACAAACGAAAUGCCAGUCAUGGAGGGAAUAUUCCCAUUGUUCAAGUGGACAACACACCACAACUCGAUGGAGUCAAGGUCAUUCCAUAUGAUAGCAAUAGCAAUAUCAACAACACGGGAACGCCACCCCGAAGAAUGAAGAGUCAUGAUUCACUACAGCAGCAAGUGGAGCAGCAGAACAAUAACAAUGGCACGAUGGAGGAGAGUGGUUCCACACGAAGUCCUCUCAAGAGAUUGCCAUCUGGUGGAAGCAACAAUUUCCCACCACGAAGUCCCACGCGACCGCCCAGCAGUAGUCACAGUUACAACAAUCAAAAGCGACCCAUGGGACCCGUCUCGUUGUUUGACAGCAACAACAACAACAAUAGCUUGAGUAGCCGGAGUCCUCCACGCUCAACGAGUGCGCGACAGAAUAUCACCAAUAGUAGUGGUCCCAUGCUUCCGACCAUUCCCAACAACAACAAGAGUCCCAUGCGAGGUGCUGGAUUGCCACGGCGAAUGCCCAAAAAGGAAGUCAGCAAGAGUCCCGUUCGAGCCAGUCUGUUGCCGCGACGAACUACUACGAAUACUUAUGUCCCGCCCUUUUCGUUACCAACACGAGACGCUGCUGCCAAGAGUCCCAUGCGCAAAACGGCGUCGGUCUUUAAUGUCUUGCACGACAAUAGCAUCCUCAACAGCAGUCAUGAUGCUGCUGCUCCUGUCAAGAGUACGCCAUCGCACCGGCGAAUGCGCAGUGCGGGUGGUACGUCAUCACCGUCCGGCACCAACAGUGGCCAUCGACGGCUGAAUAGCCACGGCUCCAUCAUUCCAGAUUGUUUCGUCGGUGGUAGUGGUAAAGGUAUUCAUAAUAGCAAGGAGAAUGCAUCGCCACCGGCGGCUGCUGCUGCAACCAAUAAUAAUACUGGUAAGCACCGAAGGAUGCGGACGCUGGAUGGAUCGUCCGCUCACAGCAUGGCGUCGCCCACGGCAAAACCAAUCAACAUCCCUACCAGUGCUCACAAGAGGACCGGAAGUGGGGGGGCCAUUCGAAGCAUUAACAGUAUUGCACGAGACUUGUUGGCCGACAAGAAACCACCUACUCAACAACAACCAGCACUACUCUCGGUGGCAGCCACUCGCAGUACCUCGUGGGAUGUCAUUCAGGCGACGCAAAGCAAUGCCAAUUUGAGCAGCAGUGGUAAAGGUCCGUCCUUGUCGGAGCUGCAGGAAAUGAAAAAGGAUCUCAAAGAGCAACUCAAGCAGUUUGACAUUCAAUUUGCACAAUCUCAUGGUCGUAUGCCCAACAAGACGGAAAAGGAAGUCAUUCGACCCUUGUACAAUCACUACAAUACGCUCAAGGAUUACAUUUCCCCGCUCGAGUCGCUCAAGAAACAACUGAAACAAUACGAUAUCCAGUUUGCGCAGACGCAUGGUCGAAUGCCCAACAAGGCAGAAAAAGAAGUGAUUCGGCAUUUGUACGAUCAAUACAAGAAUCUCAAGGCUACCAUUGCCAACUACUUGUUGGAGUACGAGCGACAGCAGGCGCGGCCGCCUACGACGGCUCUCUUUUCGGAUCAAAGGGUUAUUGGAGGUUCUUCCUCUUCCUCAAUGCAUGGCUUUUCGUUUGACAAGCUGCACUCCUUUGACAGUGACCUGACGCCGGAAGAUCUUGUAGUUGCAGAACUGUGAUGGAUCUUGUUUGUUCACAAAUAUAAUAAUACUAUAGUAGCUAUUUCAAUGUUGCCA